AUGGACCUCAAAUUUAGGCCAAGCUUCUUCUUCUUCUUCUUUCUGAUUUUUAUCUUUCUUCUCCAACAACCCGAUUUGGGAUCAGCAUCUACUCCUAAAUGUAUAUCCAGCGAGCGCCAAGCUCUUCUCACCUUCAAACAAUCACUUACUGAUCCUUCUGGUCGACUCUCUUCUUGGUCCGGACCUGACUGCUGCAAAUGGCGCGGUGUUGGCUGCGACCAAAGAACCAGCCACGUCACCAAGAUUGAUCUCAGAAACCCGAAUCAAACACUUAGGCAUAACGGUGAAUUUGAAAAGGGUAGCUUGGGGGGUAAGAUACAUCCGUCUUUGACUCGUCUCAAGUUAUUGAGCUACUUGGACUUGAGUUCAAAUGAUUUCAACUUCACGGAGAUCCCCGAGUUUUUAGGCCACAUCGUUAGUCUAAGGUACCUGAAUCUUUCUUACUCAUCGUUUUCCGGUGAAGUUCCUGCGAGUCUUGGGAAUUUGUCGAAGCUCAAGACUCUUGAUCUCUACGCUCAGACGUUUAGUGAUGAUAUAUUUACGCUAAAUUUGCGCGCAAGCAAUCUCGGGUGGCUUUCGAGUCUGGCUCCUUCACUGACUUACCUCAACAUGGGGUUUGUGAGUCUUAGCGGUGCCGGUGAAACCUGGUUAAAUGAUUUCAGUAGACUCUCGAAGCUGAAGGAGUUGCAUUUGUUCAACUGUGAGCUCCGGAGCUUACCUCUCUCUUUGCCGUCAUCUGCGAAUCUGAAGCUCCUUGAAGUUCUUGAUUUGUCUCGAAACUAUCACUAUUCACCGAUACCCAACUGGCUAUUUGAUCUCACUAGCCUCAGAAAGCUAUUCCUCCAAUCAGUUCGUCUCCAGGGGUCGAUUUCUCCCGGAUUCAAGAAUCUUCAGCUUCUAGAGACGCUAGUUCUCUCUAGUAACGAACUCUCGGGAGAAAUUCCAGCGGUUCUUGGAGACCUUCCUCAGCUGAAGUAUCUCGACCUUUCUGAAAACUCUUUCCAAGGUCAAAUCCACAGGUUUCUUGACGCUUUCUCCAAAAACAAAGGAAACAGCUUGCUCUCUCUCCGUCUUAAUUUCGACCGUUUAGAAGGGACAUUGCCUGAGUCGCUUGGAGCGUUGAGGAAUCUAGAGAUUCUGGAACUUACAGGCAAUUCCUUCACGGGUUCGAUCCCUUCAUCGGUAGGAAACAUGGCGUCACUGAAGAAACUUGAUAUUUCUUACAAUUCCAUGAACGGGAAAAUCCCAGAAAGCUUGGGGAAGCUUGAGGAGCUUUUGGAUCUAAACUUGAUGGCCAACAAGUGGGAAGGUGUUCUACGGAAGUCUCAUUUCCUCAGUCUUAGAAGCUUGAAAAGCUUCAGUCUCACAACUGAACCAAACAGAUCUCUUGUCUUUAAGGUGCCAUCGACAUGGGUUCCUCCUUUCAGACUGGAGCAAAUCAGCAUCCAGAACUGCCAGAUCGGUCCUUUGUUUCCAAUGUGGCUUCAAGUACAAGACAAACUCAACUGCAUCACACUCAGGAACACUGCGAUUGCCGAUAAAAUACCACACAGCUGGUUCUCGAGAAUAGCUUCCGAUGUAACUGAACUGUAUCUAGAAAACAACAGAAUCAAAGGUACAUUACCUCAAAACCUAGUGUUCCCAAAUUUAUUAGCCUUUGAUUUGAGCUCCAACAACUUCCAAGGCCCUUUCCCUCGCUGGAAAACAAACGCAGCAGAGCUUUUUCUUUACCAGAACAACUUCUCGGGUUCUCUUCCACCUGACAUUGAUGUCUUGAUGCCAAGAAUGAAAAGGAUAAACCUCUUCCGUAACAGCUUCACUGGAGAAAUCCCGUCGUCUCUAUGUCAACUCACAGGACUGGAAAUCCUCAAUCUAAGAAACAACCAUUUCUCUGGUAGUUUCCCAAAUUGCUGGCUUGGUUCGUCGGAGCUUAAUGAAAUUGACGCGUCUGAGAACAACAUAUCAGGCGAAAUACCAGAGUCUCUCAGUGUGUUACCUCGUCUUAGUUUCUUGCUUCUGAACCAAAAUGCAUUGGAAGGUAAUAUUCCAGACACUUUUCAGAACUGCUCUGGCCUUACACACAUUCAUCUUGGAGAAAACAAGCUGACUGGGAAACUUCCAUCGUGGCUUAGUAAGUUGUCUUCUCUGACCAUGCUUCGUUUGGAAAGUAACUCCUUUGAUGGUCAAAUCCCAGAUGAUCUCUGCACCACCCCGAGUCUACACAUUCUGGAUCUUUCGGAGAACAAAUUAUCGGGCCCGGUUCCAAAAUGCAUCGGCAAUCUCACAGCCAUUGUGCAACAUAAAAGCGUCGACGAGUACUACGUAUACCAGGAAAUACGCGAUAGCAUAAAUCUUUCUGGAAACAACAUACACGGAGAAAUCCCAACGGAGAUCUUUGACCUCACUUACCUUCGAAUCCUGAAUUUAUCAAGAAGUUCCAUGGCAGGAAGCAUUCCUGGGAAUAUUUCAAAACUUGGUCACCUGGAGACCCUUGAUCUAUCAAGUAACAAGCUCUCUGGUGCCAUUCCUCAGAGCUUGGUAGCAAUAUCUUCUCUGCAUACGCUGGAUCUUUCGUACAAUAAAUUGGAGGGGAGAAUACCUAAAAAUCUGAAGUUUAAAGAUCCCUCCAUUUACAUUGGAAAUGAGUUACUCUGUGGGAAACCACUUUCUAAAAAGUGUUAG